AUGCCAGGAGUUAUCAUGUUAAAUUUGGCCCAUGCCAAAUUGAUGGUUCAAGGUGACGACCCAAACAAUGUCCCUGAACACUCCCGCUCUCAACACUACUCUCUCUCUCUCUCUCUCUCUCUCGGUUUGAUAUACCCAGCCUUAGACUCACACCCCCUUUUCUCACACUCUCUCUUAACCCUCACUCUAUCGGCCUCUCUUUCUCUGCCCCCCUCUCUCUCUGUGUUUUAUACAACCUGCUCCAGACUCUCAACCCCUGUCUCAACCUCUCUCACUGCAUUAGAAUCUCACUCUCUGCCUAUGCCUCUCACUCCCCAUCUCAAUCCCUCUCACUCUCUCUCUUUCUUUCUCUCUGUAUCCCUGUCACAGCUUCCUCACCCCCUUUCUUAUCCUCAAUCUAUCUACCUCGGACUCUCAACCCCAGUCUCAGCGUCUCACUCAUCGCAUCAGUAUCUCACUCUCUGCUUAAGCUUUUCACACCCUCUCUCAAAUCCCUCUCAACCCCUCUCUCUCUCUCUGUGCCUCUCUCACUCAUUGCAUCAGAAUCUCACUCUCUGCCUAAGAUUCUCACUCCCUAUCUCAAUACCCCCCUCUCUCUCAUUGCAUCAGUAUCUCACUCUCUGCCUAACUUUUUCACACCCUCUCUCAAACCCUUCUCAGCCCCUCUCUCUCUCUCUGCUUCUCUCACUCAUUGCAUCAGAAUCUCACUCUCUUCCCUCUCUCUCUCUGCCUCUCUCACUCAUUGCACCAGUAUCUCACUCUCUGCCUAAGAUUCUCACCCUCUAUCUCAAUCCCCCUCUCCCUCUCUCAUUGAAUCAGAAUCUCACUCUCUACCUAAGCUUUUCACACCCUCUCUCAACCCCCCUCUCUCUCUCUCUCUGCCUUUCUCUCUCAUUUUUAUAUACCCUGCCUCAGAUUCUCAACCCCUGUCUCAGCCUCUCACUCAUUGCAUCAGAAUCUCACCCUCUGCCUAAGCUUCGCACUCUCUCCCUCAUCUCUCUGCCACCUCCCCUUCUCAGCCUCUCUCUCUCUCUCUCUCUCUCUCUCUCUCUCUCUCUCUGCUUGUUACCUGGUUAUCUGUGCUUUUUUUAA